AUGAACGCCACACCCAUUACACUCAAUGCUUCCCUCAGUAAUCUAUGCAUCGAUAGUGGUCCCACCAUGGCCCAACACGAACGCAUCGUUCGAUUAGACAUGCAACAUCGCUUGUUGGGAAUCGUACAAUCCAAGUUUCCAGGAGCAGAGAGCAAUCACUCGGCGGUUGCCAAGGCUUUGGAUAUGAUGCUCUUCCGAGCCGCACCAUCCUUUCAAGACUACAGCGAUCUUGCAACACUCGAAGAACGCAUUCGAGUCGUUGUCACCAAGAAGCUACAACAAAAGCAACACACAUUCUUGAAAAGGAGCAGAGCAGGAGCACCAACAACAAAUACUACAAAGAAGCAAUGUUCCCAACAAGCCAUGAAAAAGACUAUCCGCAAGCAAAUUCUGCAACAAGUCUUGAAGGAAGACUAUGAAACAGCUCAAGACUUGGUCCGAGACAUCAAACUGGCCAAGAACCGCAAGGUUGCCACCUUCAAAUGCUUUGGUGGUGUCUGCGUUCGCCAAUCUCCUUCCUUCCAAGAUUCCUCCUUUCCAAAGGAAAUCAAGGCCCUCUUUUUCGGAACCGCACUUGUGGAUGCCUUUGAUAAGGCACCAGUUGACAAACUUUCCUCCCUCAACUGGAAGCAUUUGAUUCAAGUUGCCCAAUCCAAUUUGGAUACCUAUAGGGCCUCUCCACAUUGCCCUACUGCUAGCAGCACUCCACCUUUAUUUAGUGCCUAA